AUGUCGAAUACCACAACAGAGCAAACGCUAACACUGUCAAAAGAAGAAACCAUCUUACAUGACCUCUUGACGUACUAUUCAAAAAUAAUAUACUUAUGCUCAAUAGACAAAGUGAUCGCCUAUCGCAUAAAAAAAUGGAUAACAGCCAAAAACGAAACACCAGUCGGCAUUUACGAACUCGCUCGCCAAAAGAGACUCCGUACGGGAUAUGCAUUUCUGCUGGGAUAUUUCUGUGAACAUGGGAUCGGAAUUGGUAGAAAUCUAGCGACGGCAUUUUACUGGUACAAAUUUGCUGCGGAUCAAAAAUCCGGUGGUGGAAUGUCAACGCAGCUUGGGAAAUAUAAAAUCGGAAUGUUUCAUAAAGAUGGGUUACAAAUCAGUAGGGAUACGGUGAAAGCUGCGGAAAUUUUUCAGGAGCUGUCGGAUGAAGGAUGUGACAUUGGAACCAUUGAGAUUGCUAAAUGCCAUAUGUGGGGGUACGGCACGACAUUUGAUCCAGAUUUAGCGAAUGAUUUGCUUUCUAAAUUAGCGGAAAAAGGAAAUGCAGCCGCUCAGUACCAUCUUCUUAGUGUCGGAUCUAAUGACAUAUCUACUUGCUUUGCGGCUGCGCGUAAUGGACACUGGGAAGCACCAUUAAUUAUUGGUGAUUACUAUUAUCAAGAUGACCUGUCGAAAAAUCUAGUGAAGGCCUUUUAUUGGUACAGAAAAUCCGCAGAGAACGGUAUCUCACUGCUUAGUUUGGCGCAAUUUUAUGCGAAAGUGUCCAUAAAAGACCUCAAUAUAAAUGAUACCGAUAUUCAAAAUAAUCAUGAGGAACACAGCGAUGAUAAUGAAAAGAAAAGACUCAAUCUACUUGAACAGCUAUACAAGAAAUUUAUUUCAGUCAUAGACCCAGGUGCAGAAGACCAACACCUACUACAAUGCAUCCGCGUGCACCAAUCCACACAUAGAAUUUCCGAUCCUGAAUUAUUUGACACACUUCACACCGCCGUCAGCAGCACACCAAAAUACGCAUGCAUGCUCGCACUUUUAUACCAAUAUGGCGUUGGCACCAAGCGCGACAGUUACCAAAUGUACAAUUAUUACAAUGCGCGGGGCGGAAUUGCUGUUUCGCAGUAUAAUUUGGCGAGGUUUUAUCGAUACGGCGUGGGGUUUAAUCGUGAUUUGCAUGAAGCUAUAAAGUGGUAUCGUAGGUCGAUGGUGCAAGGAGGUGUGUUUUGGAUGAUGGAAUUGGAUGAAUUACUACAGAAUGCUGUGGAUAUGGAGUUUUGA